UCAUUUUCAAGCUACUCGUUCACACUUUACUACUUGUUUCUCUUCAAAUAAUUGGGUUAUUUUCUCUUUUUUUCGUGAUUUUCUUUUUAAUAAAUUUUGGUUGGUCAUAUGACUUGUUACCUGAGCUGCCGUGUUCGGACUUCUUUUAUAGAAUUCGACACCGUUCUUUCAUAAAUUUCAAGCAUUUUCCAGGUCUUUUUGGGGGCGUUGGAAUAAAAUAAUGGGUUUUCCUUCAAAUCCUUAAAUUUCGAUGCUUGUUCAAGUUCAAUAGCCAAUUUUCUGUCUUUCCAAACAAGAUAAUUGAAGGUUGUGUUGGUAAUCUUUGAUUUGCUUGAUCAUAUCUAUCUCUUAUCUGCAUCCGGGUUCCCACUGUGGAAUUUGUUGUGUUUAAUCAUUUGAGAGCUAUGAAGUGUUUUACAUUCCCCAAUUGGUAUAAAAAAGAUGAACCAAAGACCCCCAGAUCACUUUCAAACCGGUCUCUGAACUCCUUGUGCACUGAUCGCGAAAUAGCAAGGUCUGGAUCUGAAUUGAACUCUCAGAAUGUCUCAGGCGUCAGCAGUGAGUCAAUGGGGCGGUCCUAUUUUCCUAGCAUGUCUCAAAGACCUAGCAAUCUCAGAGUGUUCACAGUUUCUGAGCUUAAAUCUGCAACCAAGAACUUUAGCCGCUCUUUCAUGCUCGGAGAGGGUGGAUUUGGCUGUGUUUACAAGGGUUCUCUCAAGAGUCCUGAAGAUCCGUCUGAAAAGAUCGAAGUAGCAGUGAAACAGCUUGGUAAAAGGGGUUUGCAGGGCCACAAGGAGUGGGUGACCGAAGUAAAUGUCCUUGGUGUGGUUGAGCAUCCGAAUCUUGUGAAGCUAGUUGGUUACUGUGCUGAAGACGAUGAAAGAGGAAUCCAACGGCUUUUGAUAUAUGAAUAUAUGCCUAAUAGAAGUGUGGAAAACCAUUUAUCUGUGCGGUCAGAAACAACUCUUUCCUGGGCAAUGAGAUUGAAAAUAGCCCAAGAUGCUGCUCGUGGGUUAGCAUACCUACAUGAAGGAAUGGACUUCCAGAUCAUCUUCAGGGAUUUUAAAUCAUCUAAUAUCCUUCUAGAUGAGCAAUGGAAUGCAAAGCUCUCUGACUUUGGAUUAGCCAGGUUGGGCCCUUCUGAAGGAUUAACUCAUAUCUCAACGGCGGUUGUUGGAACAAUGGGAUAUGCGGCUCCUGAAUACAUCCAAACAGGACGUUUAACAUCCAAGAUUGAUGUGUGGAGCUAUGGGGUCUUCCUCUAUGAACUCAUUACUGGCAGGCGCCCCUUAGACAAAAACCGUCCCAAGAAUGAGCAAAGGCUAUUGGAAUGGGUGAAGCCGUACCUAUCUGAUAGGAAAUUCCAGUUGAUAUUGGACCCUAGACUGAAAGGGAAAUACCAACUCAAGUCUGCUCAAAGGCUUGCGGUUGUGGCCAACCGAUGCUUAGUCAGAAACCCAAAGUCACGCCCUAAGAUGAGUGAGGUCUUAGAAAUGGUGAAUCGGAUUGUGGAAGCAUCAUCAGCAGGACCCAGAACUCCUGAACCACCAUUGAAUGAUGUCUCUCUGGAAACUGCUAGGGAACGUAAAAGAAGGAUUAUAGAUUUUAGAAGCGGUGAAAAGUUUGUUUGGUCAUGGACUCCAAAGCUCAUAAGAACAUGCUAACAACAGGUAAUUUCAAGGUUUUAAGCAAACCAGGCCUAGAGCAUUUUCAGUUGGUUAGAUAUAGGACUUUACUGCGCAAUGCAAUCAAACUUCAUGUACAAAUAUACAUAUGCAUAAGCAAUAUUCUCUUCUUUUUUCAUAUGUAUGGAAGUGCUCUCAGAAUAUAGAUGUGAAAAAGCUUCUUUGCAACUUCUUAUAGGAACCCAUUGAACAUUCUCGUUUUGGUUUAAGUGGCUGGUAAUGGUGCUUAAAGAAGUAGAAUUUGAACCCAGAAUUUAGCUUUGUUAGUUCUAAUCUCAACAUCUGCAAUCCAUUCUCCGAUUCUCGCACUGAGGUCUGUUUUGUACCAAAAAGAAAGAUCAGAAUUUGGGUGUUGGGUCUGAAUUCAUAUGAGCACUUGAGAGAAAACCUUUUAUUUUUUUGCUUGGAAACCUUAAUAGCGUGUAACAAGAAGCCUUGUAAUUUGUUCACAUCACUACCAGUCUUGUAUUUGCUAACAGCAUUAUAUCUUUUUCAAGAAAUGGGUGCUUCAUAUUUUAUCUUGUAA